AUGUCUACUCCAACUCUUUACUAUUUUGAUGCCCGUGCCCGUGCUGAGACCUCUAGACUGUUGUUCGUCUAUUCUGGUGCCAAGUUCAAUGACAACAGAUCAGGAUUCCCUUUGGCUGAGGAUGUACGUGCAAAGACACCAUUCGGUCAAGUUCCAUUCUUGGAGGAUGGCGAGACACAGUUGGCUCAAUCAAUUGCCAUUGAGAGCUAUCUGGCCGAGAAGUUCCAACUAGCUGGUAGCUCACCAACUGAGCGUGCUGAGGUCCUACAGUUUGCCUUGGUACCAGGUGACUUCUAUGCUCCAUACUUUGCCGCCAAGGAUGAUGCCGCCAACCUCAAGUUCAAGGAGGAGACUGCACCAAAGUUCUUUAGCAAGUUGGAGGCCGUUCUGAUCAAGAAGGGUGGCGAGCACUUUGUUGGCAACAAGUUGACCUGGGCUGAUAUUAGCAUCUUUAACUUGAUCGACUUCUUCCACCAACAGCACAGCAACCUAGUGGCAGCCGUCCUUCCAUUCCCAACAUUGUUAGCCUUCCACAAGAGAGUGGCGGCCAUCCCUCAGUUUGCCGAGUACCUUAAGAACAGACCAAUUACCAGACUCUAA